AUGUCGCAAAGACCAAGUCGACCAGCAAACCAGAGUGGUCUCAAAAUCACUCCGAAUCCCAUUCUCACGAAACGAAGAAUUCCUCAAUGGGAGGACUGGGCAAAAAUGCAAAAUGCAUCUGAUAGACUGCAUGUUCAAUCCACAGCUGACAAGCCAGGCGAUAUCUCGAGUCUUGGAGGUCAAAGUCAAAUCCAGCAACCAGCAGAUACAAUGAAACAGAAUGGAAACAUAAUAACACCAGAAUUUACAGUGGAAUCUAUAAAGACUUCAUUGAGUUUUCAGGAGCCAUCAUUGGCGUUAUCUAAACGACAACUCACUCGCUCCAUUCAUUUUGUAGAUUUCGACAAACCUGAAUCUGGAAAGCCAUCAAAUUCAAUCAAUACAACUCAACAGGCAUUGCCAUCAAAAGUGUUUGGAAAAGAGCAUCCUUUAACUAUGUCUUUUAUCCCCAGCGUAUCCCAAAACAGCCUUGCAUCGUGCAUUCCUGAUGCUUUGAAAAAGUUGCCCAAAAAAUACUACUCGCACCAGUUGAACAUUUCAAAAACUCCAGCUUUACCAUCCAGGCUCGACUCAAAGUCACCACAAAUAGUCUAUGUUUCAACACAAGCAUCAGAUUCUGGAUCAAACAACAAUACUGCUUUGAAAAAUCCCGAUACUGGAUCUGUCAAACCAAUCAAAUCAAAAAAUAUAGAUUCAUUGGUUGCUCCACCCACCAAACCUAUAAAACACCAUUCAAAAAAGGCAGAAUUACCAUUCAACAAUAGCAAUCGUUCAGUUACAAAACAGAAUACUGCUUUGCCACGCAUUAAACCAGAUACCAAGCAAAAGUCUUUGUUAAAAAGUAAAGAUGGUCAGCCAACAACCACACCAGCUCCCAAGCAGUUACCAGUCAAAGAAACUAAAAUCGAUUCACUUUCUUUGAGCAAAACAUUUCGAGGAUCCAUGCAUUUCAAACCCAGACCGCUUCUUUCGGUCCGUAAACCCAGUAAACAUCAAUUACCUCAAGAUUUGAACCAAAGUCAGAUUUCCAAGCUUAAAACACAUAUGGACAUGACUAGAAGACAAGCUGUUUUUCAAGCAGAUAUGAAAGGACGACUGGCUCAACGGAUUGGGCUUUUAAAAACAAAAUUGGAAAUGACAACCGCAGUGACAAAUGAUCAAGUGGAUACUGCUUCCCAGUCUCCAAAAAGCGUAUCAAGUGAUGAAGAUCACGAAGAGUCAGAUAUAGAUGAGCUACUUGCUGUUCGUGACGGCGAAGAUGACGACGACGAUGAAAGUGUUUUUGAACUAUCAAAAACAUAUUCUGCACAAUGUAGUAAAGAUGAAUCCAAACAAUCACGAGAAGCUGAAGACAAGGCUCCGAAUACCAACACAUUUGAAAACUUGAGCAAUGUGCUGGAAAAGGUUGCAGCAAAUAUGAUGUUGCAAGAAACAUCUUUUGACUCUAAUGGCAGUCAAAAAGAAAAUCAAGAUGCAACUUUAUUCAAACAAAAUAUCCAGGAAUCGGAAGACAUGAACACUAGACCAGCUUUUCAUCAAACUGAAGCUAAUCCUGACAGAAAACCAAGUAUCAAGCCUAAUAUUCUGGAUCCAAGAGUUGGACAAAAAAUAGUCGCGGCACAUCCAGUCAAACAGGAGAUUGACGAAACUGACAACACACUAAAACCUAAAACAAAUCCAAAUCCUCUGACAUCACUUACAGAAUCACAGCUAAAUCUUCUUGGUGACACUACAGGAGCAUUUCGUGGUCCAGGCGACGUGUAUGCUCGGUUUCUUAUGGGCGGACGCAACCUGCGUGUAGGUGCACGCAAAGCAUUAGCAGCAGCCAUUCAUGCAACCGAAACGGGUCAAAUGGAUGAAUUUCUUAUUGACAAAAAUCCCUCUCGCUUUGCCGUGGUAAGUAAGAAUUCUCGAUCCAUGGGUCGACUGCGCAAAAAACACAAGGAGAUGCUCAAACAAAAAAUGCUAGACAAGGUGCAGGCAUUAGAAGAAUCCCGCGUAUAUAUCAUCACGCAUAUGGCAUCACUGAAUACCUAUCAUAAAUCAAUGUUGGAUCUUAAAAACGAAAAUACAAAAUUGAAGGCCGAGUAUGAAAAUGUGGUUGCAGACAUCAAUAGGCGAGUCUCAUCCACUUUGCUCAAAAACGAAGAGUCUGAUAGCAUGAUUAAACGAUUGCAAAGAGAAAGAAAUGUGCAACGAAAACGACUUGCAAAGGCAUAUGCUACACUUAUUCGAUCGGGAAAUGAAAGUAUUCAAGCAAAAGAAACCAAACUAGAGGAAACAAAGAACCGAUACAACCAGCAGGUUCAAGAGCACAUAGAUCUGAAAGAAUUUAAAGCAAGUACUGAGAUUGUACUUUACGAAAUUAUCUACUAUACUAAUAUGACGUUUUUGGAUCCAGAGGUCAUUGCAAAAAGAGUUGCUGCAGAAUAUGAACGAAAAGAGCAGAUGCUUUUGGAGUAUCAACGACUUCAAAUGGAAUAUCAAGAAAAAUUCAAGAUUGAAGAACGGGAAGCUGAGCAAAUUGUGAUUAAUCGCAUCAUGCAAAUCAUUGAUGAUGCCAAAACAGAGUUAUCGUCAUUCAUUAACAAGGCAACCACGACAGCAUAUCGCGAAAACCAGCGGUUGAAAAUGGAAAUUCAGAUACAAGAAGAGCACAAGUUACAGUUUGCAAAACAAAUUAGCAAUUUUGAGCAGAAACAGAAACAGCUUAUUCUUGACCAGUCAAAGUACGUUGAUGAACGACGAAGAGUUUUGAAUCUUAAAGAAUGCAUGACAUGUACUCCGGAUAUGGAUGUGACCAUUACAUCCACCAAGUAUGGGCAAGAACAACCAAUAGACAAGGCACCGAUCAAAGAGCCAAUUUUACAAACUGUAAAAUAG